AGAAAAAAAAAAAAAAAAGAUGGCUGGAGGUGGUGGAAUAGGGCCAUCAAAUGGCAAGGCAUAUCCUGGAGAACUCACCUCUAAAGUUUUAGUUACUUGUAUUGUUGCUGCUAUGGGUGGUUUAAUAUUUGGUUAUGACAUUGGAAUUUCAGGCGGAGUGACAUCAAUGGAUGUAUUUUUGAAGAAAUUUUUCCCAGAUGUGUAUGCAAAGGAAGUACUGCACACAGUGUCAACAAAUCAAUACUGCAAAUUCAACAGCCCAAAAUUGACAUUGUUUACAUCAUCUCUAUAUUUGGCUGCACUUGUUGCAUCAUGGGCUGCUUCAACUGUAACUAGAAUUAUGGGACGUAGAUUAUCUAUGCUUUCUGGAGGACUUCUUUUUCUAAUUGGCGCUAUUGUCAAUGGAUGUGCCACAAAUGUUGCUAUGCUCAUUAUUGGUAGAGUCUUUCUUGGUUUUGGUAUUGGUUUUGCCAAUCAGUCUGUGCCAGUGUACCUUUCGGAGAUGGCACCCUACAGAUACCGUGGCGCGUUGAACAUUGUUUUUCAACUCUCCAUCACAGUUGGAAUUCUAGCAGCAAAUCUUCUCAAUUAUUUCUUCGCGAAAAUAAAAGGCGGAUAUGGCUGGCGUUUGAGUUUAGGAGGAGCAAUUGUACCAGCAUUGAUAUUCAUCGUUGGUUCACUUUGCCUUCCUGAUACACCAAAUUCUCUAAUUGAACGUGGCAAAGAGGCUGAAGCGAAAUCAAGGCUGUUAAAAAUCAGGGGAAUUGACAAUGUUGAUGCAGAGUUUAAUGAUUUAAUUGAAGCAAGUAAAAGAUCAAAUCAAGUGCAACAUACUUGGACAAUAUUGUUGCAACGUAAAUAUAGGCCACAGUUGACAUUUGCUGUGUUGAUUCCUACAUUUCAACAAUUGACAGGGAUGAAUGUGAUUAUGUUUUAUGCACCUGUUCUGUUUAAGACAAUUGGUUUUGGGGCAACUGCUUCACUUAUGUCUGCUGUGAUUACUGGUCUUGUCAACUUUGUUGCUACUUUUGUUUCUAUUCUCACUGCUGAUAGAGUUGGAAGGAGAUUUCUAUUUCUUUUGGGUGGCAUUCAAAUGUUGGCUUGUCAGAUUAUUAUAGCGAUUGCAGUUGCACUAAAGUUUGGAAUAAGUGGGGAUCCAGGGACAUUGCCAAAAUGGUACGCGGCAACCGUUGUGUUGUUCAUCUGCAUAUACGUUGCUGGUUUCGCGUGGUCGUGGGGACCUCUAGGAUGGUUAGUCCCUAGUGAAAUCUUCCCUCUCGAGGUCCGACCUGCUGGUCAAGCUGUGAACGUAUCGUUCAACAUGAUUUUCACCUUCUUCAUUGCCGAAAUCUUCACAGAAAUGCUAUGUGUUUUCAAGUUUGGACUCUUCAUAUUCUUCGCUUUUUUCGUCUUCGUCAUGACAUUAUUCAUCUACUACUUCCUUCCCGAGACAAAAGGGAUUCCAAUUGAUGACAUGGGCAAAAUUUGGAGUGAACAUAGAUUUUGGAAAAGAUAUGUUAAUGAAGAAGAUGAUAAUUCUCCCAAAAAAUUGCAAUCACCUGUGAGAGAGUACAUCCAGGCUAAAGAGCAGAUUCAGAUGGUUGAUAAACAAGUUUAAAGCAAGUGAAGAAGAUUAGUUAGAUUAUUUAAUUUAUUAGUUACAGGCUAUUAGUUUACAAUGAAAAUUAGAGAUAUUUUUAAGUUUUUAUUUAUGUCUACGUUUUUGUUUCUAGUUUUGUGGUUAUUAAAUGUGAAUUUCAGAGUCUUGGUUAUUGUUGCCAUUAUAA